AUGGGAAUUCUAAAUUUUAAACUUUUUUUUCUCUUCAGCCAUGAAAGAAUUACGUUACAUUCUAUAGAGACAAUGGUAAUUCAAUGGACUCAUCAAAUAACAGAAGUUCUAAAGAGAGACUCAGCACAGAAGAUUUUGCAGGGUGAACAUCCGGGACCUUCUACUGAAAUAGAAUUUUGGUUUUUUCAAAAAGAAAAUCUGCUUGGUGUUUAUUCCCAGCUGAAAAGCUUUGGUGUCCAGAAAGUGAUAAAGCUACUGCACAAAAAACAAAGCAGCUAUUACACUAGUUUUACUGAACUGAUCUCCACCGUGGAACAAGCUUUGUCUCAAGCACAGGAUAUUGAGUUGCAUCUCAGACCUUUGAAAUGUUAUAUUGCAUAUUUGGAAGAAUCAAAUUUUCCUGAUAUUGAAAGUUUUUUUAUGCCACUUUUCCAUACUAUAUACCUCAUAUGGACACAUUCCAGGUAUUAUUGCUUCCAUGAACGGAUAAUAAUUCUUCUACAAGAAUUCUGCAAUCUUUUCAUUGAUCGGGCUUUAAACUUUCUAAUUCCUGAGGAACUUUUCAAAAUGGAAUUAGAGGAAGGCUUGGAAAGGGUUCAACAAACCAUUCAAAUAUUUAAAAUGUUCAAGAAAUUAUUCUCUAUUUACAAAGAGAAAGUGGCCUAUAAUUCUAUCAACACGGGUGGUGUAAAAAUGUGGGACUUCCCAGCCAAACUUGUUUUCUUUCGAUUUGAUUGUAUUCUGGAAAGAUUAUUAUUCAUUGAGAGAAAAGCUUUACGCCAAGAAAGGCCGCAGAAGGCAUCACAAAACAAUCAAAGCACUGUUCACACUUUUUUUAAGCAGACUGACCAAAGCACCAAAAGUAAAGAAAUGGAACGCUUACAGCAAACGUCAGAAGAAGAACUAGAACAAGACACCAUACAGUCUAAGAUAGACGAAGACACGACUAUAACUCAAACACAAGAUGUAGACACACCGAUCACAUACCAAGCUAUGGCAGCCUUGAUUGAUCAGGUUAAAUCCUGUAUUAAAGAGGAAUGCGCUGAUCUCAAAAAAGAAAUGACCGAACUAGGCCAUAGAGUGGACACGCUUGAGGAACAUGAAUAUGUGGUUUCACAAAAAUUGUCACAUCUUUCUACCAACCAAAAAAAACAACUUCUACAUCUAACUGAACUAGAAGACAAAAUCGUCGACCUAGAAAAUCGUACGAGAAGAGGAAACCUUCGAUUCAGAGGGAUACCUGAAACAGUCAUGAAUCAUGAAAUCAGGGAUUAUUUACAGGCCCUAUUUCGAGAGUAUAUGGUGACCGUAUUUCAAGGCUCAGAGUGUAUUACUUCUUUCUGGUUCUCUAGACGAAAACUUGACUACAUUCUAUGUGACCAAACUCUCCUCUCCACUCUGGUACAUUCUAAAAUCACCCACACUUCUUGGUCUGAUCAUAGCAUGGUUUCUACUAUCUUUAAAUGGUCCAAUAAACCACGCAACACAUUCAAUUGGAGACUAAAUGAUCACUUGCUUACUGAGCUGGAAACAGUAGAGGACAUUAGGAAACAUACAGACGAAUACUUUUCCCUAAAUAAACCUGGGGAUACGUCACUAGCAAACAACUGGGAGGCAUACAAAUGUUACAUCAGAGGAGUUAUAAUGAAACACAAUGCCCAACAGCGUAGAAAACAUUCGACACAGUACAAUACACUGGCAAAAGAAUUGGCCACAUGCGAAGCUGCACUUAGAACAGACCCCACCUCAGCUCAUAAUCUUAACAAAGUAACCUGUGCAAGAGAAAACCUUAACAAGUUUCUCAUACAAAAAGCUCAUAUGAGGGCACUGACUACCAAAGCUAAGUUCUUUGUGGAAAGUAAUAAAGCAGGACGACUAUUAGCCAGAUCCCUGAAAAAACGCAGACUCACCAACUUUAUCAAAACAAUCAAAACACACACUGGGAAGACCACUCAUACUAAUGAAGAGAUUGCUAAUACAUUUGUCUCCUUUUACACGAAUUUGUAUAAUAUCCAAAACACCACUACCCCAGAUAAGACGGAAAUCUUACAGACAUACCUGACCAAUAUCAAUACACCAUCCAUUACUGACGAAAAUAAACAACUACUAGAUUCCCCUAUCACUCUCCAUGAAAUCGCUUUAGUUAUUGAAUCACUGCCAAAUGGUAAAUCACCAGGUCCAGAUGGCCUUACGGCUAAAUUCUAUCAACUGUUACAAAAACAGUUAAACUCCCAUCUCCUAUCAUUAUAUACUGGUAUAGAUAACGGAAGUGCCCUUUCCAGCUCCCUACUAGAAGCAAUGAUCACAGUUGUCCCAAAACCAGUCACUUUCUCCGGAGAUCUAACCAUACUAUAUGCAAUGGAGAAGCGAGUUAUUCUCCUGUUACGUGACUUGAUGCACACUAUGGAUGCCUAUCAGGGUGAACUAGUAGCAGUACUGAGAACAGCUAUGAUGGGAAGCCAAGAUAUGCUGACAACUAGUGAGGCCCCAGAGCCAGCUGGAGGAUACAUACCGGACACGCCACGGGUGUGUUCCGAUACACCUCAACGAUCAGAGUUUGUGCACCGCGAAAUACAUCCUCAACCCUAUAUGAUGGAGUUAACUGGGCUAACCGCACAAACAACUUUCCCGCAGCCUAUUGCCGCUACACAGAAAGAAACAAGCUCUCAACAGUCAGCAAUUGAGCUACUGUCUCCAAUAACACUCACCGCCAGAAGUAACACAGCGGUCUUACCACUUACGCUUCAGCCAGGCCUUGUAAGCACAUCGAUGCUGGAAUCCGUUUUAAUGGACAUAGAUUUCUGGACUGAAGCGGGGCGGCACAUUGAUGCUUUGCUUGCUAUUUGUGCUCUGUCAUCCCCGUAUGAGAAAUACGCUGCAAGGGGGAGAGGAGACCGGACAUCGGUCAUGUCAUUCCAGGCUGCCAUAUUGAAGCUGAAGCGAUCACUUAUCGCAGAUACUGCUUUAGCCCAGGAACUAAAGAUUACUAAUCCCUUUGAUGGAAAUCCUCUUACUCGUUCUGACAUAGGGCUGUCAGAGGAUUUUCUAUAUGCCACUAGGAUGUUCCUGGAGCUUUUCACUGCUGCCAUUGACUUCUUGAAACUGGAGAAAAUUGAGAUUGGUGGAUUAAGAGGAAAGAUUCUUAGUGAUGAAAUACAUAUCAUGAGUGAAGAAUCAAAUGAAAGUUGGAGAAAUCUACAGGAAAGCAAAUAUGACCCUCUUGAUCACACAGAUAUGAGAUUUUUGUCUGAUUACACAAGGUACAAAGAGCAAAUAAAUUUAUUUGACCAUCAGCUAGGAAGGAUUUUGAACCUGGCAUUUGAAGAGUCAAGUGGGCUGGAAUCUGCUUUUAAGGUAUUACAAAUAUUUGGUGCUUUUCUAGAGCGGCCAGUGAUCAAUUCACUGUUCUCUUCAAACUAUACUAAACUUCUCAUAAUGUUUGAGGAAAAAAUCAAUUGUUGCAAGGACAUCUAUGACAACCAAAGAGAAAAGUGGAUUAAAGGACAAGGAUUUCUUCAUAAAAAUAUACCAGUAACAGCGGGGAACAUAAAAUGGUCUAAUGAAUUGAGAGAGAGACUGUUUAAGUUCAGAUCAUCUUUCAAACAUAUUAAUCACAGUUCUCUACAGACUGAAGAAGCAAGUAGGAUUUUUGAGAAAUAUGACAAAUUCAUACUACUUUUAAAGGAUCAUGAAGAUGAAAUGUACAGUAUCUGGACUCAAGACCUUGACACUCUUUGCAGGACUCAAUUAAAUCAGCCAGUUCUUAAGUGGAAUGAUGAUGGACAAUAUGAAACAAAUUUUAGCCCAAAGCUGAUUGCUGUUCUUCGUGAGGUGAACUAUUUUGAGGCUCUAAAACUCUCUGUCAUCCCAGAAGUGACAAAGGAAUUGUAUGCUAAUCGGAAAAUGCUCCAUAAGCAUAUUGGAAACCUGAAUCUCAUAACAAAAUGGUUCAAUAGGCUACAGAACACAAUUCUGCAAGUGGAAAGAGAUCUCAUGCAGGAUGAGUUACAAGCUGUUGAUGAAAAGCUAAAGCCUGCAGAAACUCUUCUGACGUGGCAGACAACGGAUUUAGACGUUUAUAUUCAAGAAACUAGAGAACUUGUCUAUAAUGUCGAUUGCAGGGUUUUAAAAGCCAAGCAGAACAUAGAAACGAUGCAGUGCCUGACGAGCAAACUAAGCGAUAAUUCAGUUAUUGUGAGAAAAAAUGGAAAGAGCGCUACAGUAUUGGGUCCUGGUGACAAAGAGAGAAUAUCCAAGCAAUACCUUCUUGCAGAAGAUGUUGGGAAAAAGAUACAAGAACUUGUGCAGCACAAUUUGCAGCUAUUCCGUGCAGAUCCUCAGUCUGAAAAAUGGAAGGCUUAUACUGAAUAUAUUGACAGCAUUGUCCUAGAUGGAUUGUACAGAGCAAUCAAGUGCUCACUUCAGUACUUGUGUGAUAACACAGAGGCACAACUUAAAAAUGAUCCUAUAUUUAAAAUAGAACUUGUUCUUAAUGGAAGUGAAAUGACGUUUAAGCCAUCUCUUGAUCCUAAAAUCAAUGGCAAUUUUGCUGACAUUAUAGAGGGUUUGUUAGGAAACACAUACAGAACUGCAUCUUUUAUACCUUGUGUUGCUACACACCUAGGAAAACAUACAUACCAGCAAGAUGUUGAUGAGAUGUUGAAGCUGAAAGAAAUGCAUACAGAAAUUAUGAGAAGGGUGCAUUCGACCAUAGUUAAUGUGAAAGAGUAUCAAAGAUACUUUAUAAAGUACAGCUAUUUGUGGACAGAUGAUAAAACUGAAUUCAUGAAGCAGUUCCUUCUGUAUGGACGGUUUCUUAGCAAAGAAGAAAUGGAAUUAUAUGCAGAUUAUGAACUUCAAAAAUGCACACCACAGUUAGAUCACUUCAAGAAACAGAUAAACAUUUAUGAAUCCUUAUGCAAUAAAGUGUGGGAAAUUGAAAAUGAAAAGUUAUUUAAUGGUUGGCUUCUAGUAGAUAUUAAACCUUUCAAAAUGACUUUGAUAAAUGUGAUCAAGAAAUGGAGCUGGAUGUUUAAGGAGAAUUUGUUAAAUCAUGUCACGUGCAGUGUUAACGAACUAGAUGAAUUUAUUCAACAAACUGAAAAAGGCUUAAACAAAAAACUAAAGGGAGAAGAAUAUGCUGUGCUGGUGGAAAUUAUGGGUAAUCUCAUGGCAAUUCGCAAUAGAUCAUCCACUGAUGAGAAUUUCAGGCAUUUAAAAGCUACUGCAGAACUUCUUCGACACUAUGGGCAACAGCUACCUGAUCACAUUUUUUCAAAGCUUGAGGAAUUGCCAGAGAGGUGGAAAAGCUUGAAGAAGAUUGCAUUCACUGUAAAGCAUGAAGUAUCUCCUCUGCAGUCUAAUGAGGUGUCUGUUAUCAGAAGAAAAUGUGUACUUUUUGAGGUUAAACAGCAUGAGUUCAGAAGCAGAUUUAAAAAUGAAAUCAUCUUUCAAUUUGAUGCAGAUGAUCCAUACAAGCACUUAGAUAAGAUCCAUAGAAAUAUAUCAAGACUGGAAGGUGAAAUGAGGGAACUACAAGAUACUGCACAUCUUUUUGAAGUGAGCAUGCCAGAAUACAAACAGCUUCAGCAGUGUCGCUCUGCCAUUAUUUUACUGAAGUCAGUAUGGGAUAUGGUGAUAUUUGUACAGACAAGCAUUAAAGACUGGAUGAAAACUCCAUGGAAACAGAUAAACGUUGAGCAAAUGGAUAUGGAACUGAGAAGAUUUGCAAAGGAAAUGAAGACUUUAGACAAACAGAUAAGAAUGUGGAAUGUCUACCUAGGUUUGGAAUCAACUGUGAAAAACUUAUUAACUUCACUGAGAGCUGUAAAUGAACUUCAGAACCCUGCAGUGAGGAAUAGACACUGGCAACAACUAAUGAGCAAAACUGGGGUAAGGUUUGUCAUGAAUGAAGAUACAGUCCUAGGAGACCUGUUAUGCCUUCAGUUACAUCGAGUGGAGGAUGAAGUUAAGAAUAUUGUUGACAAAGCUGUGAAAGAAAUGGCAAUUGAAAAAAUUCUUGCAGAGAUGGGCCAUACUUGGAGCACUAUGGAGUUUUUAUAUGAGAAGCAUCAUCCCACCGGGACUCCACUAUUAAAGUCAGAUGAGCAUCUGAUUGAGACCCUGGAAGACAAUCAGGUCCAGCUGCAGAAUAUUUUGAUGAGCAAAUAUGUAGAAUACUUCUUGGUGGAGGUGACAGGUUGGCAGAAGACAUUGAUUGUGGCUGAUAUGGUCAUUUCUGUCUGGCUGGAAGUACAACAAACAUGGGCACAUUUGCAAAGUAUAUUUGCCAACUCAGAAGAUAUCAGAAACCAACUCCCUGAAGAUGCUAAAAGAUUUGAAAGAAUAGAGUCAGAUUUUAAGGAACUCAUGGAUGGCAUAGUUACCUCAAGGAUUGUUAUUGAAGUAACAAACCAGACUGGAUUUCUUGAAAAACUGGAGGUCCUUCAACAAAGGCUUACGUUAUGUGAAAAAUCUUUAUCUGAUUAUUUAGAAGCCAAACGCCUUAAAUUUCCACGAUUUUAUUUUGUUUCUUCUAUGGAUUUGCUAGAAAUAAUAUCUAGAGGAACUCAACCUAAACAGGUGACAAGGCAUCUGUUGAAGUUGUUUGACAAUAUUGCUGAUUUGAAAUUUGAGGAUGAUGAAUCAAACAUACAAUCUGCAGAGGGUUUGUACAGCAAGGAAGGAGAAUUUUUGAGUUUUACAAAGCCAUGUAUCUGUGAAGGACAGGCUGAAGACUGGUUGAAACAUUUGGAAGAAACAAUGAAAUCAACUGUUCAACAAGAGAUCAUGGAAGCUGUUACAGGAUAUGAGGAUAAACCUAGAGAUCAGUGGAUGUUUGAUUAUUCUGCACAGGCUGCUUUAACUUGCAGUCAGAUUUGGUGGGCAACUGACGUUGAAAUGGUUUUUGAGAGACUUGAAGAAGGCUUUGAAUCUGCUUUGAAGGACUAUAACCGAAAGCAAAUUGCUCAGCUGAAUUCCCUCAUAAACAUGCUGUUAGGGGAACUCACCCCUGGUGAUCGUCAGAAGAUCAUGACAAUAUGCACAAUUGAUGUACACGCCAGAGAGGUUGUAGCCAAGCUUAUAGCACAGAAGGUAUCUAAUGGACAAGCAUUUGCCUGGCUUUCACAGUUGCGCCACAGAUGGGAUGAAGACCUAAGGCAUUGUUUUGUUAAUAUUUGUGAUGCUCAGUUUCAGUAUUCUUACGAGUACCUGGGGAAUACGUCUCGUCUUGUGAUAACACCACUUACUGAUAGAUGCUACAUAACCCUUACUCAGUCUCUUCACCUGUCUAUGAGUGGGGCUCUCUCUGGUCCAGCUGGGACAGGGAAAACAGAGACAACCAAAGAUCUUGGUCGUUCUUUGGGAAUUAUGGUGUAUGUCUUUAAUUGUUCAGAACAAAUGGAUUACAAGUCAAUAGGCAAUAUCUAUAAAGGCUUAUGUCAGUCUGGAGUUUGGGGAUGCUUUGAUGAGUUCAAUCGUAUUUCAGUGGAAGUACUUUCUGUAGUAGCUGUUCAAGUUAAGACAAUUCAAGAUGCUAUUCGUCACAAAAAAACAAGAUUUCAUUUUUUGGGAGAGAUUAUCGAAUUUAAACCAACAAUUGGAAUCUUUAUUACUCUUAAUCCAGGAUAUGCUGGCAGAGCAGAACUUCCAGAAAAUGUCAAAGCCCUAUUUCGUCCAUGUGCCAUGGUGAUUCCAGACUUUGAACUAAUAUGUGAAAUAAUGUUGGUAGCAGAGGGGUUUGUUGAUGCCAGAAUGCUUGCAAGGAAAUUCAUAAGUCUAUAUACUUUAUGUCGUCAGCUCCUUUCUAAACAGGAUCAUUAUGAUUGGGGUCUCAGAGCUAUAAAGUCAGUAUUGGUUGUAGCAGGAUCUUUAAAACGGGAAGACAAGAGUAGGCCUGAAGAGCAGGUUUUGAUGAGAGCCCUUAGAGACUUUAAUCUUCCUAAGAUUGUAACCAAUGAUGUUACAAUUUUUCUUGGUCUAAUCAAUGACUUAUUUCCAUUGCUGGAUGUUCCAAGGAAGAGGGACGUGAAGAUGGAACAGAUGGUGCGACAAUCCAUUGCAGAGCUCCACCUGCAACCAGAGGAGAACUUUAUACUUAAGAUUACACAAUUGGAAGCACUUCUAGCAGUAAGACAUUCUGUUUUUGUGGUGGGGAAUACUGGCACUGGUAAAAGUGCUAUUCUGAAGACCUUAUACAGGACAUAUUUCAAUAUGAAUUUGAGGCCUAUCUGGCAUGACAUAAAUCCGAAAGCUGUAACUACUGAUGAGCUGUUUGGAUUUCUGCAUCCAUCAACAAGAGAAUGGAAAGAUGGUAUAUGAUUUUAUUUAUUGCCUUUUUUCCUAGGAUUAUUUUCCUAUAUUAUGAGGGAACUCUUUAUCACUCCCCAUGAAGGCCCCAAAUGGAUUGUCCUUGAUGGCGAUAUUGAUCCAAUGUGGAUCGAGUCAUUAAACACAGUUAUGGAUGAUAACAAGGUUUUGACCUUAGCCAGUAAUGAACGUAUAUCAUUAACUCCGUCCAUGCGACUGCUUUUUGAAAUCAGUCAUCUUCGUGCAGCCACACCAGCGACUGUAUCUAGAGCUGGAAUUCUAUACGUUAAUACACAAGACCUAGGAUGGAGUCCUUCGGUUACCAGCUGGAUUGAGACUCGUAAAGCACAGUCAGAAAGGGCAAAUCUGACCAUAUUGUUUGACAAGUACGUUCCUUACUGUUUGGAGCAAGUGCGGUGUAAUUUAAAAACUAUAACUCCAAUCCCAGAAAACAGCAUGGUACAGACGUUGUGUUCAUUACUGGAUUGCCUUCUGACUGCUGACAAUACGCCUCCAGAUUCUCCUCGGGAAAUAUAUGAAAUUUAUUUUGUUUUCGCUUGUGUCUGGGCAUUUGGAGGAGCACUCUUUCAGGAUCAGCUCCUUGAUUAUCGCUUGGAGUUUAGUAGAUGGUGGAACAAAGAAAUGAGAACAAUUAAGUUUCCAUCUCAUGGCUCAGUAUUUGAUUAUUUUAUUGAUCCAGAUACAAAAAAAUUCACCCCUUGGGCUGAAAGAAUUCCUGAAUUUGAAAUGUCAGCAGACGCUCCUUUACAGACUGUCCUUGUACAUACUGCAGAAACAGUGCGCUUGAGAUAUUUUCUGGAUUUACUGCUAGAAAAAGGAAAACCAAUAAUGUUGGUUGGUAAUGCUGGUGUUGGAAAAACUGUUCUUGUAUCUGACAGAAUUGCAAAAUUGACAGAAGAUUACAUGGUGGCCAAAGUUCCUUUUAACUACUAUACUACAUCUGCAAUGCUCCAGCGUGUCCUUGAAAAGCCAUUAGAAAAGAAAGCUGGGAGAAACUAUGCUCCACCAGGCAACAAGAAAUUGAUUUAUUUUAUUGAUGAUCUUAACAUGCCACAAGUAGACGCUUACAGCACGGCACAGCCUCAUACUUUAAUAAGGCAACACCUUGAUUACAGUCAUUGGUAUGAUAGACAGAAAAUGAUUGCUAAAGAAAUACAUAACUGCCAAUACAUAACUUGCAUGAACCUUACUGCUGGAAGCUUUCACAUUAAUCCUCGUCUUCAGAGGCAUUUCUCUGUGUUUGCUGUGCAUUUUCCUGGACAAGAUGCGCUAAAUAUGAUUUACAGCAGAAUUAUAAGUACACAUUUCCAACAUGGUGGAUUUAGUUACAGUGUGGUUAAAUCCAUAUCUAACCUUAUACAAGCCACCGUUUGCCUACAUCACAAAAUGACUCAGAACUUUUUGCCUACUGCCAUAAGAUUCCAUUAUAUUUUUAAUUUGCGAGAUUUAACGCACAUAUUUCAGGGAUUGCUACUUGCUUCUCCUGAAUGUGUUCGGUACUACAGUGACAUGGUCCAUUUAUGGCUGCAUGAAUCAUCAAGAGUUUACUCCGAUAAACUCAUGGAAGAAAAAGACAUUGAGCAUUUUAAAAAAGUUCUCAUUGAUACAGCUAAAAGAUAUUUUGAGGGUGUUGAUGAACACAUAUUUACUAACAAGCAACUAACAUACUGCCACUUUGCACAUGGUGUGGGAGAACCCCGAUACUUUCCAGUGUCUGACUGGGAAAAGCUCACCAGGAUUUUAACCGAUGUAUUGGAGCACUACAAUGAGAUUCAUGCUGCAAUAAAUCUUGUCCUCUUUGAGGAAGCUAUUCAGCACAUCUGUCGCAUUAGCCGAAUACUUGAGUUUCCUUAUGGAAAUGCUCUUUUGAUUGGAGUUGGUGGUAGUGGCAAACAAAGUUUAUGCCGUUUAGCAGCUUUCCUAAGUUCACUUGAAGUUUUCCAGAUAACUCUUCGUAAAGGAUAUGGCGUUCACGAUCUUAGGAGUGACAUAGCUACACUGUAUUUCAAAGUUGGAGUGAAGAAUAUUGGAACAGUGUUUUUGCACACAGAUGCCCAGAUACCCGAUGAGAGAUUUCUCGUUCUAAUUAAUGACAUGCUUGCUUCAGGUGAUAUCCCUGAUCUUUUUGGUGAAGAGGAGGUAGAGACUAUUGUUUCUUCCACAAGAAUGGAGCUACGUGCUCUUGGCCUUCCCGACUCCAGAGAGAACUGCUGGCAAUUUUUUAUUGAUAGGAUUCGUCGACAGCUCAAGGUUGUGUUGUGUUUUUCACCUGUUGGUUUCACAUUAAGGACAAGAGCUAGAAAAUUCCCAGCCCUUGUGAACUGCACAGCAAUAGAUUGGUUCCAUGCCUGGCCACAGAUUGCACUGCUGUCCGUAAGCAGCAAUUUCAUUGAAAAGCUUGAUGGAGUUGAUGCUCAAGUUAAAACGUCUAUUAGUCAGUUCAUCACAUUUGCACAUACAAGUGUUAAUGAAGUAAGUGCAAAAUAUCAACUGAAUGAAAAGCAUUACAACUACACAACUCCUAAAAGCUUUCUGGAACUAAUUAAACUAUACUGGAACCUUCUUGAAAAGAAGAGGAAUGAACUGGUCAGGAAAAUGGAAAGACUGGAAAAUGGUUUGCGAAAACUUCAGACAACUGCUUUUCAGGUGGAAGAUUUAAAGUCUAGGCUUGCUGUUCAAGAAGUAGAACUUCAUCAAAAGAACAAAGAUACUGAGGCUCUUAUUUCCAAAAUAGGGCAACAGACAGAGAAAUUGAAUCAGGAAAAAAGUGUGGCUGAUGCAGAAGAACAAAAGGUUGCUUUUAUCCAAGAAGAAGUAACAAAACAACAAAAAGAAUCUGUAAAUGACUUGGCUAAAGCAGAGCCUGCUCUACAAGCAGCAAACGCAGCUUUGAAUACUUUAAAUAGGUUAAACCUAACAGAGUUAAGGACAUUCCCAAAUCCACCAGCUGCUGUGACCAAUGUGACUGCUGCAGUUCUUGUCCUAUUAUCCCCAAAUGGUAAAAUUCCCAAAGACAGAAGCUGGAAGAAUGCAAAAGUUUUAAUGAGCAAGGUUGAUGAAUUCCUUCAAAAUCUUGUAACUUUUGAUAAAGCGCAUAUUCCAGAACCAACAGUCAAGGCCAUAAAAGAUGACUAUCUAAGUGAUCCUGAAUUUAACCCAGAAUUUGUACGUACAAAAUCGUCAGCAGCAGCAGGCUUGUGUGCAUGGGUUACAAAUAUUAUUAGAUACCAUGAGGUUAAUUGUGAAGUGGAUCUUAAACGCCAGUCACUUUUUCAAGCAAACACAGAUUUGGCUGCAGCAGCUGAGAAGCUAGAAGUAAUUCAGAGAAAACUUGAAGAAUUGGAUACAAACCUUGCUGCCUUAACAACUGCAUUUGAAAGGGCUACAGCUGAGAAAAUCCGCUGUCAAGAAGAAGUGAAUAGAACUAACAAGACAAUUGAGCUGGCCAACAGAUUAGUGAAAGGUCUAGAGUCAGAAAAUGUGAGAUGGGCUCAAUCUGUAGCUCUGUAUCAUCAACAAGAAAAAACACUGUGUGGGGAUGUUCUACUCACAGCAACAUUUAUCUCUUAUGCUGGUUCAUUUUCUAAAAAGUAUCGUCAUGAGCUUGUUGAGCAAUUGUGGAUGCCAUACUUACGAAGCCAAAAGUUUCCCAUUCCAAUGACUGAAGGAUUAGAUCCAAUAUCCAUGCUGACUGAUGAUGCAACAAUUGCAAAAUGGAAUAAUGAAGGACUGCCUAGUGAUACCAUGUCCAUUCAGAAUGGCACAAUACUUACAAAUUGUGAACGAUGGCCUCUAAUGAUUGAUCCUCAGCUUCAGGGAAUUAAGUGGAUUAAAAGUAGAUAUGGAUCUAAUUUAAAAGUUAUCCAUCUGGGCCAUAAGGGGUAUGUUGAUGUCAUUGAGCAGGCCGUUGAGGCUGGAGACCCUGUCUUGAUAGAAAAUUUAGAAGAAACAAUUGAUCCCAUAAUUGACCCUUUACUAGGAAGGCAUACACUUAAAAAAGGAAGAUACAUUCAAGUGGGAGAUAAAGAAUGUAAGUUUCAUCCCAAAUUUAGAUUGAUUCUUCAUACAAAACUUGCAAAUCCACAUUACAAACCUGAGAUACAGGCGCAGACCACACUGAUUAAUUUUACUGUUACAAGAGAUGGCCUGGAGGAUCAGCUGUUGGCUGAUGUGGUCAACCUGGAAAGACCAGAUUUGGAACAAUUCAAGUCUGAACUCACAAAGCAACAAAAUUAUUUUAAAAUUGAGUUGAAAAUGCUUGAGGAUGAAUUACUGACACGCCUAUCAGCAGCACAAAGUAAUUUCCUGGGGGAUACACUCUUGGUGGAAAAACUCGAAACCACAAAACACACUGCUGCAGAAAUAGAAAUGAAGGUUUUAGAAGCUAAAGUCAAUGAAGUGAAGAUAAAUGAAGCUCGGGAACAUUACCGUCCUGUGGCAAUAAGAGCCUCCUUGCUCUACUUCAUAACAAACGAUCUGAAGAAAAUCAACCCCGUGUAUCAGUUCUCGCUUAAGGCAUUUAAUAUUGUGUUUCACAAGGCAGUCCAACACUCAGAACCAUCAGAUGAUGUCAGAUUGCGAGUGAAUAACCUUAUUGACUGUGUGACAUACUCAAUAUUCAUAUAUAUCAGCCGAGGUCUCUUUGAAAGAGAUAAAUUAACCUUUUCAUCCCAGUUAGCCUUUCAGCUCCUAAUUAUGAAUAAAGAAAUUUCUGCUCACGAGCUUGACUUCUUACUUCGCUUUAAUAUUGACCACAGCUAUAACAGUCCUCUGGACUUUCUUCCAAAUUCGGCUUGGAGUGCUAUUAAGACAAUGAGUUUUAUGGACGAAUUCCGAGGUUUAGACAGAGACAUUGAAGGCUCUCCUAAACGCUGGAGAAAAGUUGUUGAAUCAGAAUGUCCCGAGAGAGAGCGACUUCCCCAAGAAUGGAAAACAAAGAGUUCUUUGCAAAAAAUUAUUAUGAUGCGAGCUCUCAGGCCUGACCGGAUGACUUAUGCUGUCAGAAAUUUUGUUGAAGAAAAAUUAGGAACGAAGUAUGUGGAGGGGCGUAAAACGGAGUUUUCAAAAUCAUUUCAAGAAAGUGGUCUAGCAACAUCAAUUGUUUUUAUCUUGUCUCCUGGUGUUGAUCCCUUGAAAGAUGUAGAAUCACUCGGGAACAGACUUGGAUUCACCAUUGACUCAGGAAAACUUCACAAUAUCUCUUUGGGUCAAGGGCAAGAAAGUAUUGCAGAAAUAGCUAUGGAAAAGGCAUCAAAAGAAGGCCAUUGGGUCAUACUUCAAAACAUUCACCUUGUUGCCAAGUGGCUAAGCACAUUAGAGAAAAUACUAGAAAAGUACAGUGAAGGAAGUCAUCCUGAUUAUCGAGUUUUUAUGAGUGUGGAACCAGCCCAAACACAUAAAGAACACAUCAUUCCACAAGGCAUACUAGAAAAUGCUAUUAAAAUUACAAAUGAACCUCCAACUGGAAUGCUCGCCAAUCUACAUGCUGCCCUGGAUAACUUUGAUCAGAACAUUCUUGACCAGUGUUCACGUGAACAAGAAUUUAAAAGCAUAUUGUUUUCAUUGUGUUAUUUUCACGCUUGUGUUGCUGAACGUCGUAAAUUUGGCCCCCAAGGGUGGAACAAAAAAUAUCCUUUUAACACUAGUGACCUCACGAUAUCUGUGAGUGUUCUCUAUAAUUAUUUGGAAGCAAAUUCACAGGUCCCAUGGGAAGAUCUCCGUUAUUUAUUUGGUGAAAUAAUGUAUGGCGGUCACAUUACUGAUGACUGGGACAGAAGACUUUGCCGAACAUACUUGGAAGAGUACAUGCAACCUGAUCAGUUUGAUCGAAAGCUUGCUUUAGCUCCGGGAUUCGUGGUACCCUCUAACCUUGAUUAUCAAGGUUACCAUAGAUACAUUGAUGAGAUGUUACCACCUGAGAGCCCGGUCCAUUAUGGCCUACACCCCAAUGCCGAAAUUGAAUUCUUAACAGUGACAUCAGACAACCUUUUCCGUACAGUGCUAGAAUUGCAGUCACGAGAUUCUAUAAACAGUGAAGGAGCGGCACAGACUGAGGAAGAAAAGGUUAAAGCAUUUUUGGAUGAAAUUUUAGAAAAACUUCCAGAAGGAUAUAAUAUGGCGGAUAUAACAUCAAAAACAUCAGAGCGCUCUCCAUAUAUUCUUGUUUGUUUCCAGGAAUGUGAGAGAAUGAACAUUCUAAUACAUGAGAUGAGACGUUCUCUCAGGGAGCUUGAUCUUGGCCUUAAGGGCGAGUUGGCAAUAUCCUCAGAAAUGGAGCAACUGCAGUCAGCCCUUUUUUUUGAUAAUGUCCCCGACAGUUGGAUGAAACUGGCAUACCCAUCAACAUACAACCUGGCACAGUGGUAUACGGAUCUUCUCCUUCGUUGUCGGGAACUUGACACAUGGACUCAGGAUCUUUCUCUCCCGAGUGUAGUCUGGAUAUCAGGAUUUUUCAACCCCCAAUCCUUCCUCACAGCUGUCAUGCAAAGUUUAGCUCGGAAAAAUGAAUGGCCUCUGGAUAAGAUGCAUCUUACUGUAGAUGUCAUGAAGAAGUACAAGGAGGAAUUUUCUCAGCCUGCUAGGGAAGGUGCUUACAUAUAUGGUCUACACCUGGAAGGGGCACGAUGGGAUGUUCAAGGUGGACAUAUUGCGGAAGCACGUGUUAAAGCUCUUACUCCUGUCAUGCCUGUCAUUUUUGUGAGAGCUAUUCCUAAUGACAGACAAGAGACAAGAAAUAUAUAUGAAUGUCCAGUAUAUAAGACAAAAUUAAGAGGCUCAACAUUUGUGUGGGCUUUUCACUUGAAGACUAAAGAGCGCCCUUCAAAAUGGAUUCUUGCUGGUGUUGCUUUGUUGUUAAGUGUGUAA